UCAUAAAUCAAAAUUAUUCGAUCUUGUUAUUACAUUCUAAAUUAUUAUUUCCUAUUCUUAAAAAAUAAAAUGUUUUGGCAUAACAUAUUAAUUUGUUGAUAUUAAAACUUAUUGAAAUUUCACUUAGUACCAAAUUAUAAUACGGUGAUGUGAUAUUAUUUAUAUUUAAUUCAAUCUAGUGCAUGUAGAUGCAUUAUCGAUCGCGAAAUUGCAAAUUAGGUUGAACUACUUUUUAUUAAUUCCAUAUCAGUGCAGUGAUAUCUUAUGUAAACUAGAUACCUACGCCCCCUUUUCACAUUACUUCAUACUUUUACGGAUUUUUUACACCUUUAAUAAAAGAAAGAAAAAUGGCAAGUGAAAGUAGUUCAGCAGUUUUAGAUUUGAAUGAUGUGGACACAACUGAUACAGAAGUAGGCAGUGUCACAGAUGAUAGAGAGGGUUCUCCCCUCAUCAUGGAAACGGGAUAUGAUAUUGCUGUUAAGGUAGAUGCACCCAUGAAACAGCUGUCGACUCUAGAAACAUUUGUGACGUUUCGCGUCCGAUGCGUUUGCGCUCGAUGGCCUGCACCACCCUACGUUAGGCGACGGUUUAACCAUUUUAAGCUACUUCACAAACGCCUCUCGGCUGCACAUCCAUUAGUGGCGAUACCACCGCUGCCUCCGCUUCAUUCAGCGAGGCAGCAGCUCGAUAGAUAUUCGCCGUCGUUCGUCGCUGUGCGAGCUUUGGCGCUUGAUGCUUUUAUGGAGAGAAUCGCAAAACACCCAAUUUUAACACACAGCGACGACUUUAGACUUUUUGUGACGACACCAGACGGUGAUAUUGAUAAGGUAUUUAAAAGUGAGAACGGCGCUUUAAAUUUGUGGGGGCUUAGUACAGCGCUGUAUGGGAACAACGAGGCAAAGGUCACUAAUGGCGCUAGAGUAAAAGACCCGGAGUUCACCUCGGCAGGUGAUUACAUGCAGUCGUUGCAGACGAAGUUGACAGCACUCUGCACUCUCACGAACAAGCUGUACAAGGGGUCCGUCUCGCUCAGCAACGAGUAUACAGGCAUGCGGCGCGCCUGCGACGCGUGGGCCAGCCAAGUGGGCGGGAGGAGCUCGCGGGCCUGCGCCGCCGUGGCUAGGGGGUGCGCCGGCGCAGCUGCUGCCAGAGAAAGAGCCCCGCUCAAGUAUAAAGCCAUUUUGCCCCUGUUGGCCGCAUAUGCCAAUGCCCAUUUGGACAAGAUCAAGGCAAGAGAUGCGUUGCAUGCUGCAUACGUCGCUGGCAACAGUGCGACAGGUGACAGUCAUAACAGGCUGGAGCAGGCCUCGGAGGCCCUCCGCUCCGAGCUAUCGGACUGGAUCCCGAAGACGCGGCGGGAAGUGAAGAGCCAUCUGCUGGAGCUGGCCGACAGACAGGUGGCGAUCCACACUCAGUCGCUGAUGGCCUGGGAGGCGGCGCUGGAACUCUCGCACGAGGCGAACGUCGGAGAACUCUUCAAAACGGUAUCGAAAACGGCCGUGCAAAACCUCUCCCCCUCCAAGUGUCCGACGGACGUCGAGAGCGACUACGGCGACGGGACCAUCGAGGACGAAACGAACGAUCCGAAGCAGAACGGCAUGAACGGGGAGAAGGAGGAGGAGAAGUCCUCAGAAGAGGAGAAGGAGUUCGCGGACCCUCUGCAGAAGUUCACCGAAGUGGAGUUGUCCUGAUUGUGCGACACUCUGUUCUGCGAUGUGUUCAAGCAGAUCACUCUUUGAACUUCUCGUGAUUCGGUUAAGUGAUAAGCUUCGACUCCAUCUGUGGAACCGGCUGCCCACCACAAAGGUCCUACAAAGAGCGUACCGACUCCAAAGAGGCAGGUGAACCUUCUGAUUCACUAUUAGUGGAGGGUCUUAAUAUACCUUUAUUAAUCUACCAAUUACACACUAGUCACCUCUCAUAAAGCCCAACUAAUUGUAGUGCCACAACCAUACAUGAACCGCUCCUCCAGUCAGGAGCAGAUGUGUCCGUUGCCCCAUCGGGGCAAAGAUCUUGGGUAAUGCAUAAUAUUAGAUAUAAAACAAAUUGUACUUAAAUGUAUCGAAUAAUAAUAAUAACAGUGCCAAAUGUAAGGUAGAAGUUGUUAUCAGUAGCCAAUGUAUUGGAUGAAGGUAAUGUCAAAUUUAGUUUUCAUACUUCAUCGCUAGACAUAACCGAUUGGACUGACAGUGCCACAUACUUGACAGGUAAGUGUGUCACUGUCAUGGAUCUUAGUAUUGCCAGUAAAUAACUAACCAUUAUAAGAGGAAUAAUUACAAGUCAUGCAGGCUUACUUAAUAAUUAUUUGAAAAUCUGGAAAAUACAGUUCUGGGCUUAAAUGUGACACAAACUUAGGAACAACUUUGUAUGGAAUAAAAAUAAAUACAUUUUUGUUGGAUUUUUAUUUAAUGUAAUAGUAAAAUUAUUUAUUUUACGCAUCAAAUGUCAUGAUCACUGACAUUUUGAAAUGUCAAACUGACAUUUCAAAAUGGCGACGGUAGUUUCAAUUUCAGCCGCUGGCCAAGAAAAGUACGUGGCACUGUAAUUGUCUAUGACAGUAUGAAUAAUCAAGUGUCAUUGAGACUAAUCUGUUUAAAACAAUAUUUUAAAAGAGUACGAACGUCACUCUGAACUAAACUUUCUAGAAGAGACAUAAUAUUUCUCUCUUCUCUGUCCUAUUUGACUCUAUGGAAAACGUGUUUUUAAGAGUAGUCUGUAUAAAACAUGACUUUCAAAUUCGUGCGAAGCAAACUAAUAUGUUAAAAAUCGUUAAUUGAUCAAUAAAAUUUAAAGUAUUAUUUUUACGUCAGUCACGUAACACAAACACAGAUUAGAUCGAAUCGAUCAUGACGUAAAGUAUUUUAUACAGAUUAGUCCAAUGACCACAGAUUACUAUUUUUAGUCGAAAUUUUAUCGACUUAAUGUAAAUAUUGUAUUUAUUGAAAUAAAUCAC